AUAUUAUAUAAUAUGGAUUCGUUUUUCAUUGCAAUUGAAGAUAAUAUAUUAACAUUAAACUUAUUGCUAUACUUAAUAAAAAAAAUUUAAUAGCUUGUUAUUGUAUUAGUAGACCAACCCUACUAAUUUUCAUAGUCUAAAAUAAAUGUUGAUAAAUUUACGGUAUUAUUUAUAAAUAAACAAAUUAUCAUAUAAUAUUAAGUUUUUAUCCUUUCUUGUCGAGAAGUGAAAACAAGUGUUGUGUAAGCCCUAGUCAGAAGUGUGUAGUGUAUGUCCAAAUUUCCAAAUGUCCCAAUAUCCAAGAAUUCACGAAAGCGAUGCCUUGGCCUUGCUGGCAUUGAAAUCGGCCCCAGCAAGUCCGUCCAAGCUCCAAUGGAGCCCCGAAAAUAAGGGCACGGUAAUCGCGAGGCUAGAAGGACGCGAGUUCGAGUAUUUAGUACGACAAAAACACAUAGUUAUCGGUCGCAAUUCGAGUAGAGGCGAAGUUGAUGUUAAUAUGGGACAUUCUAGUUUUAUUUCGAGGAGACAUAUAGAAGUAUUCUUCGAGCACCCCACGUUUUUAAUGACAUGCAAUGGAAAGAACGGUGUGUUUGUGGAUGGUGUUUUUCAGCGAAAAGGAGCCCCUGCAUUACAGUUACCGAGGACGUGUACGUUCCGAUUUCCAAGCACGAACAUACGGCUGAUAUUCCACUCGCUGGUUGACGAGGGGGGCGAACCGCCGCCACUGACCAGCCCCUCUCCAAGUCCAGGAAGACCGCUACCGCCACUUCGCAUCAGCAUACCGGAAAACGACACCGGAAGAAGUCCUUUCCCAUCGCCCACUGGCACAAUCUCAGCUGCAAACAGCUGUCCAACUUCGCCACGUGGUCACCACAAUCGCAGGAAUAUCCACGCCGAACUGCAGAUGGUUGCUUCGUACGCGGCGCAGGUCGCCCAAAACUCAUCCGUUUCCAAUAAUAAUCUGAUUACAAAUAAUAGUAAUAGUAUUGGUGCCAGCAGUAAUUUGGCAGGUAUUGCCAACCUGACUACAACAUCGGCACCCAUUGCUGGUGAUCAAACAUACGGUCAACAUAGGCCCGCAAGUAAUGGGCAGGCACCUUCAGUGAUUAUUACAGAGAGCAGUGGCUCAAGUCGCGACGAUGCAAAACCUCCAUACAGUUAUGCACAGUUGAUUGUUCAAGCAAUUGCUUCGGCUCCUGAUAAGCAACUAACAUUGAGUGGAAUUUACUCUUACAUCACAAAAAAUUAUCCUUAUUAUAGAACUGCAGAUAAGGGUUGGCAAAAUUCAAUAAGGCAUAAUUUAUCUCUGAAUAGGUAUUUUAUUAAGGUACCCAGAAGCCAGGAGGAACCUGGAAAAGGUAGUUUUUGGAGAAUAGACCCACAAUCAGAAUCAAAAUUGAUAGAACAAGCAUUUCGAAGGCGUAGACAAAGAGGUGUACCUUGUUUUAGAGCUCCAUUUGGUCUAAGUUCUAGGAGUGCUCCAGCUUCACCAAGUCAUUUAGGAAUGUCUGGUCUUGUUACACCUGACAGUUUAUCAAGAGAAGGCUCUCCGAUACCUGAUUAUCAUGAUCAAGGACCCAGCCAAAGCGCUCCGGGAUCUCCCGGUCAUCCUGGCAUAAACUAUAUGACCACAAGCAUAGUUAAUAUUGGUCCGCAUGGAAAAGAAAUUAAUUUACAAUCUCAUCAUGAAUACUCUCAAAAUGGUGACAGCUUACAUGAAGAAAAAUAUCUGGUUGCUGGAGGAAUGCAAAUGCAUGAUGAUAGAUCCUUAUCGCCACCAGGUUACAAUCAUCCGCCUGUUAUUGUAAAUUCAUCAUAUCCACCAUAUAGUGGUCCUUACAUGAGUCCAGAUAGUUCUCUGCCUAUGAAGCACUCUCAUAUGAUGACAAAUGAUACCAUGGAGGAUGGAAAUUCUGUGGAUGGUGAGCUGAUAAUAGAUCACGAGGAGUCUAAAAUGCAAAUGGAGCAAAGUAGAAUGUCACCUUAUAAUGGACCAAUUGAAGCUAAACGAUCACGGUAUGCUGAUGAAGAUGGUCAAUGAUGGCAGAGAUAGCAUUUUAGUUAUGAAAGACAAUUCAGUAAAUACCAAACAGAUAAUUAAAUAUUUCUAUACAUUGUUUUUGAUUCUGGUGCAGUUAAAAUAUUAUUCAAUGCUUUUAUUGUAAUGAUCUAUAUCAAUGUUAGAAAUAUGACAUAAGAUAUUUUACCUACCAAAGCAUCAACAACAAUGUGUUAAUAUCUGUAAUGUUUUCACAAAAAAUACAAAAUUAUGAUGGUUAUAUAAAAUAUAUAAGAUAUUUUAUCUGGCAAUAUAAUUUAUCACAUAUGUUAAAAUUUAUCUAAUGGGUAAAUGUUUUCCAAGUUAGAGAAAUUUUACAAUGAGAAAUAUUGCCAGACAUUCAUGUCUCAAUGUUCUUGUUGAGCUUUUAACAAUAUUUAAUCAACAAAUUAUCUUGUGAUGUCUCACUUAUUAAGCUAUUUCUGGAGAGAAUUAAGUAAAUUAAAUUUAAAAUGGUUAAGAAGGCAAUGCCAGAUAGGAGUCAAUAUAAUUUCUGUUUAGUAAAUUAUUUACAGACCAGUAACAAUCUAAACAAUAUUUCCACAGAUUUUUAAGUUACUACCACACAUAUAAGAAUUGAAAUUGUUUUAAUUUAUGUAAAUAUUUAUCAAUUUUAGUAGCACCUAAUAAUGUCUCAAGCUUAUGUUAAUUUUUACUAAUUAACAAAUAUGUGUUUAUAUACAUCUUAAGCACAUACAAAAAAUGUACUAAAUGCGAAAACAUAAUUUUAUGAAUAGCAACUUAUUCAAAUCAACAGUUUGUGAUAUUGUUUGAUUCUAUAUGUAUUUAUGUAUAUAUACAUUAACAUACAUAUGUAUAUAUCUAUAUAUAUAAUGGAAGUAAUGUCCAGUUUUAUGUACUAUUUAGAUUUUGUUUAAAUCAAAAGAUAUUCUAUAAUUUAACAGCAGCCAUUUUAAUUUUGUAUAAGAUGUCUGUUUUUAAAUCGGCGCAUUAAACCCUUUAUUAUAUGAAUGAAGUCAUUAUUUUACUUGGUAUUAUUGUAAAAAUGUAACAUCAAAAAAUGCUAAAGAAUAAAUAGAACUAUAGU